GCUUCGUCUAAAUGAUGAAUAACCAAAUCUCACGCCACUGUGAUCUCCGCUAUCUGUUUUAACGUAUUACUACUACUACUGCUUUCUCUUGUUGUCCCAAUAUCAAUGGCUGAGCCAAUGGAUAAGGCGGAGGUGUCCGCUAGUGAAGAUCGUUCACAAAACAGCGGCAGUGCCAAGCAUGAAAGGGAGCAUGAGGAAGAAGCUCCUCGGACUUUAAAGCUAGACCCUCGCGGUCUUCCAUUGUCGCCUCAACCCACAGAUGAUCCAAAAGACCCGCUCAACUGGAAUCGCUGGUUGAAGCUAAUGGUUCUGGCUGAGGUCUCUAUUUUCUCUUUUCUGGCCUUAUUUAGUGCCUCUUUGAUUACGCCAGCUUUUGUUCCUCUGUCUUUGUUCCUCCACAAGGAUCUUGUUACAACUGCGUACGUGACUAGUACUUUCAUUCUCCUGGCUGGUAUCUCAACUAUCGUAUGGAAUCCGAUCGCAAAUGUCUAUGGCCGCCGGCCAGUAUACAUCUUCACCGUGGCCGCCGCAGUGGCUUUUUGCGGUGCUUCCGGCGCGGCUAAGAACUACGGGACUCUCAUCGCUCUACGUUGUCUCAAUGGCUUCUUUGGCGGCGUGCCACUAGGCUUGGGCAGUGCUACCGUUUGUGACAUGUUCUUUGCCCACGAACGAGGGCUGUACAUGGGAGUAUAUACCAUCAGCUUCUUGACUGGCGGCCACAUCGCGCCACUCAUCGGCGGCUACAUCGAAAAGAAUCUGAGCUGGCACUGGUGUUUCUAUGUUCCAGCCAUACUGACGGGAGGAAUUCUUGUCAUCUUUAUAUUUACUGUUCCUGAGACGCUCUACUCUCGAACACCAGAAGCCGUAGCUCGCCCCUCGCAGUCCUGGAUGUCAAAUAUGCUUAUGAAGAGAAGGGCACAUCCUACACGGCGAGUGCGCCUGGUGGACUUUUUCCGACCCUUUCAGAUGAUUAUGUAUCCAAGUGUGCUGUUGCCAACGUGGUGCUAUUCGAUUUCUUUCGCCUAUGGAAGCAUCCUCUUCAUUAUAACUAGCGCGAAUCUCUUCGGCAAAAUCUAUCACUUCCAGCCCCAACAAACAGGUCUCCUGCUGGGUAUCCCUAUCACAGUUGGCAGUCUCAUCGGCGAGUUGUUUGCUGGAGGCAUAUCCGACUGGAUCAGUGAGAAGAGAGCUAUACGCCGCGGGGGCGAGCGUAGUCCCGAGGAUCGUCUUUUAGGAAUCAUCCCAGCCGCGGUGCUAACGCCUCUUGGCAUCAUUAUCGAAGGAGUUUGCCUUCAACAUAAGACUCAUUGGAUCGGAGUGGCUUUUGGAAUUGCCAUUGCCAGCGCAGGAUUGCAGGUUGUUACCACAGGAGUUUAUACCUAUACCGCAGAGUGUUAUAAGCCUCAAUCUCCCGAGCUUGGUUCGUUAAUUAACUUUGGGAGACAGGUGUAUAGCUUCACAAUUGGAUUUUACUGUAUCCCUUUCUCAGAGGAGGUGGGUAUUCAGGACGCCUGGAUCACCUUGGCCUUUAUUACUUUUGCCUUUUACUUGCCUCUUAUUCCUCUCUAUUUCAAGGGUGCGGGGUGGCGGAAACGUCUUGGUAAUCCUACAUUUCACAAGGAUCUAUAAAUGCGUGUGGCUGUUUUGAUAUCUUUAUACUUAAUGGAUGGGCAUGCUGUUAAUGCUUGAAAGCCAUUUCUAUUUCUAUCACAAGAUGUGAUAGAGCUAUAUACGUAAUGAUGUUAUAUGAUAAUAUCUG